CUCAGCGACGAUAGUCUUUCAAAACUUUUUUCAUGCAUCAAGCUCAGCGACGAUAGUCUUUCAAGCCUUUUUUCAUGCAUCAAGCUCAGCGAUGAUAGUAUGAGUUUUGAUCAGAUCAUUCGAGUAUUCUAUAGUAAGCUGGGCGGCAUUAAAAAAAGUUCAAAGGUACCAGAAAUCACAAGGAAGGUUAAACAACUUUUAAGCGCAAAGAAG